AAAAUGGAAAGUGAGCUUAUUCGUAGUUUGAGCUCAUUUUGGGAAGACCAACCAUUGUCAGUUAGCCUGUCGCUUCUCUUGGCAGGGCUAAUACUAAGAAUGCAUGGGACAAAAGCCAGGGAAUUCGCACGUGCACAUUUAGCUGUGGGCACAGACAGCCACGAGAGCUGGGAGAUGAUUAGCCUUUGUGCAGACAACAGGGCUUCCAGGACGGACCAUUUCGUUCUCAGCAUGUCGUCUCCUGUAGGGAGCUUGAGAUGCAAAACAAACCUUUAAAAGGCAAAUCCUAAUCCCUGAGUCCACUUCACUUGAAGACUGGGGUCCUUUGCAGAUAAGGUGGGUCAGUGCUGGCCUCUGCUGGGGACCAUGUGACCACAGUAAGGGCCAGUGAUUGGCAUUUGAGCAGAAUAAUGCUGUGUCCUUAUUGGGGAUGUUGUUUGGGCCUCACUUUUUAGUUUAUUGAAGGUUCUCUGGAAACAUAUAAAUAGUCAUCUCUGGCUAUUUCUUGGCUGUCAAAGUAGUAAUGUUCUGUGGAACUGUGGAAAUGGGCAUGCCCAUGUUUAAUUUGGUGGUCCUGUGGCCCACUUAUUGGAGGUCACUGAGUCCAGGAUGUCAGUGAGUACAUCCUAUUUACCAUGAAGACAUUGUGGAUAGGGGAGAAAUGCUUCGUGUGUGCCUCCACAAGCAUUUUCGUGGCCUGGUGCUUAUGUGGAGUGUUUCCAAGUCAGGGAAGGGAUUGGGCCACUGAAUUUAAGGGAAGAGAAUGGGAUGUUGAUGUAUCAGUAGAUGGACACAAGAAUUCCUAGAAAUGCAGAAAGAACCAGGAAUGGCCAUUACCACAUCACACUGCACCACAUCUCUGCUCUCAGAAGGCAGGAAGAACCAGAAAAGUUUCUGAGUGCUGAGCACACAAGGAACUGCAUUUGGUAAUGGGGACUGUGUGUGGUUUAGAAGAGGUGAGACUGAUCCCCACUCUCUCUUUUAAGGUGCGUUAUGGAACAGCACAUAGUCUUCUUUGUCAUGUCUGGGGAAAAAGGAUUAUACUAAUGCUUAUGGCAUGGUUAAGAGUUCUGUGAGACCUGGGUCUGAUGGCACACACCUUUAGUCCUAGUGCUCAGGGAGCAGAGGCAGGGGGAGCUCUGUGAGUUAAGGCCAGCCUGGUCUACAGAGAAAGCUCCAGGCCAGGAAGAGCUACAUAAGUAAGACCAUGUCUCAAAAAGCUGGGCGUUGGCCAGCUGUAUGUGAACAGCUUGACAAAGCUCAGAAAAAGGAGCAGCCUGGCAGGUGCUGAGAUUAUGCUGAGCUUCAUAUCGCGUCAGGUCCCCAGUGCUCACAGUACACACUUGCACCCUUACUUUGGAAACAACUGGGUUUAUACCUCCUCUUCUCCAAUUAGAAACUGCGGGAGCUGCAGUGAAUCUUUCCUAAACUUUAGUGCUAACUAUGGCGUUUGGUGUUUACCCCGAGGGAGGGGAGUUGUUUGGGUUUUUGGUAUGUGUAUGGUUGUGUGUAAUGUUUGUACGUGGAUGUGGGUGAAGGUACAUGUAUGGGUCCGUCAGUGCAUAUGCACUGAGACUAGAGUAAGCUGUUGAGUGUCCUGCUCCAUCACUGCCAGCCUUACUCCCUUGAGGUUGGGUCUCUCACUGAACCUGGAGCUAGGCUGAUAGACAGAGAGCCCUACUCUCUGAAGGCAGGACAGAUGCUCCUCUCUUAGUCCCACCCAGUGCUGGAGUGACAGGCAUUUGUGGCCAAGCCUGCCUUCUUCAGGCUACUGGGGAUGUGAACUCAGGUCCUCAUGCACCAGCAGCAAGCUCUCUUACCCACUGCACCAUCUCCCAGACCCCAGACUAUGGUGUUGGGUUUUCUUUUUCAUCACACUGGUCAAUACUAGAGGAAGGCUUUUCUGAGCUUUGUCUGUUGUACCGUGUCUACACUGUGACUGUCUUGGGCUCUGAGAAACUCAUGUGUGGCAAAUGUUGUCUGAGGACACAAAGCCCUUCCCUCUCUGGAACUUUCUGCUGUCUCUUUACACCUAAGUCAGGCCACAUCAUCCAGGCUGUGGGAUUUUCUGCUUCAUCACAGAUGGCCUCUGCUCAGCUGCCCUCCUGAGAACCUCUAAACACUCACCCAGCUUCCAGUUCCUGAGAAAAUCGGAUCUGCCAGCAAAGAGGCCAAGGGAGGAAACAUACCUGCUGACAUGAAUUUAUCCCAGGAACCCCAGAGACUGAGCCUACAGGAGCAGGAUGGGUCAUGCGAGAGAUUGGUGUCCUUUGAGGAUGUGACCGUGAACUUCAGCCAGGAGGAGUGGCAGCAGCUGAACUCUGCCCAGAGACGCCUGUACCAGGACGUGAUGCUCGAGAUCUACAGCCACCUCUUGGCAGUGGGGUACCCCAUUCCCAGCUCUGGGGCCAUCCUCAGGAUAAAGCAAAGAAAGAAGGCAUGGAUGGGAGAGGUUAAGUUCCUACAUCAGCAGUGUGGGUGUCAAGAAGUGGAAUCAGAGUUUUACACCCCUCCACAGAAAGUUUCUGAGAAUGCAGCAUUUCAAAUUAGUAAGGCAAGUGAAAUCAUAAGACAUGGUUUGUGGUGCUCUGUUUUAGAAGAACUGUGGCAAGAUCCUGACCCCACAAAAAGAGAUCAGCAAAACCAUAUCCCACCCUGGAAUCCUGGUGCUUUCCUCAACAAGAAAACACAGAGAACAGACAGAGACUGUGAAUAUAACGAGCCUGGGAAAACCAUUCCUUUAGGUUCCAAUCUUAUUUCUACACAAAAGGGAGCUCCAAAGUUAUGUGUAAAAGGUUUGAAGCCUAACCUUGAAGCAAAUGGUGAAGAUCAAAACAAUAUCACAAAACAGCUCAAUGAUGUUGUUACAUCUGGUCAGCUCUUCACACAAGACUCUUCUAAUGCCGACCAUACAAUUCCUCAUGAAGGACAGAAUUCUUGCAAAGGUAGCCAGUGCAGAAAAGUUCUCAUCCAUAAACAAACACUUACACAGCAAGCAGUUCAUCCUAAGGAGAAACCAGAUGAAUGCACUGAGUGUGGAAAGGUCUUCUAUGAUAUGUCUGCUUUCAGUAAACAUCAAGCAACUCACACUGGAGAAAGACCUUUUGUCUGUCACAAGUGUGGAAAAACCUUCCUCCAGAAGUCAGAGUUGACCUUUCAUCAAGAAACUCACAUAGAGAAACCUUAUGAGUGUCCCGACUGUGGGAAAUCAUUUAGUCGUACAUCUAACCUGCAGGUCCAUCAUCGAAUUCACACUGGAGAGAAACCUUAUGAAUGCCGUGACUGUGGGAAAUCCUUCAAUAAUACAUCCCAAUUGAAGGUACAUUAUCGAAUACAUACAGGGGAGAGACCAUAUGUGUGUCCUGUAUGUGGGAAAGCCUUCAAGCAGAAGUCAAUCCUCAGUACUCAUGAAACAAUUCACACUGGGGAGAAGCCUUACAAAUGUACUCUUUGUGGGAAAUUAUUUAGUUGUACAUCCCGACUGAAAGUGCAUUAUCAGAUUCACAUGAAGGAGAAACCUUAUGAAUGUGGUGACUGUGGGAAAGCCUUCAAGCGAAAGUCAAGUCUUACCGUUCACCAGAAAAUACAUGUUAGACAAAUACACCAUGUAUGCAGUGAGUGUGGGAAAGCUUUCAACCAGAAGUCAGAGCUCAGCAUGCACCAGAGAAUUCAUCUGGGGAAGAAUUCUCACAAAUGCAGUGACUGUGGGAAGUCAUUUACUUACGCAUCCCAGUUGAAGAUGCACCAUCGAGUUCACACAGGGGAGAAGCCUUACAAGUGCCGGGACUGUGGGAAAUCAUUUACUUAUUCAUUCACACUGAAUGUGCACCGUCGAAUUCACAAAGUGGAGAAGCCUCACAAAUGUAGUGUCUGUGGGAAAGCAUUGGCUUCUAAGUACCAACUCGAAGAGCAUGAGCGAAUUCACACAGGAGAAAAACCUUAUGUGUGCACAGAAUGUGGAAAAGGUUUUCAUGGUAGAUCAGGUUUCCUAAGACAUCAGAUAACUCACACUAGGGAUAAACCUUUUGUCUGUCACAAAUGUGGAAAGGCCUUCUUUCAGAGGUCACAGCUGACAUCUCAUCAGCAAACUCAUACGGGAGAGAAGCCUUAUAAAUGUCGUUACUGUGGGAAAUCAUUCAGUCAUACAUCCCAACUGACAGUUCAUCAUCGAAUUCACACAGGAGAGAGACCUUACAAAUGCAACUACUGUGGGAAGUCAUUCAGUAAUUCCUCCCAACUGAAAGAGCAUCUCCGAAUUCAUACCGGGGAGACACCUUAUGCAUGUUCUGAAUGUGGGAAGGCCUUCAGCCGAAGAUCGUCCCUUAAUCUCCACACAAAAAUUCAUACUGGAGAAAAACACCAUGUAUGUAGUGAGUGUGGGAAAGCCUUUAGUCAGAAGUCAGUACUUCGAACACAUCAGAGAAUUCACACUGGGGAAAAGCCUUACAAAUGCAGUGACUGUGGGAAAGCCUUGGCUUCAAAGGGACAACUCCGAGAUCAUCAGAGAAUUCACACGGGUGAGAAACCCUAUGUUUGCACUGAAUGUGGGAAGGGUUUCUUUGGCAGGUCAUCUUUGCAUAGACAUCAGAUAACUCACACUAAGGAGAGACCUUUUAUCUGUCAAAAAUGUGGGAAAACCUUUAUCCAGAAGUCAGCAUUGACAUCACAUCAGCAAAUUCAUACAGGCGAGAAACCCUAUGUGUGCCCUGAAUGUGGAAAGGGCUUCUACAAUAAGUCAUCUUUACCUAGACAUCAGAUGACUCACACUAGAGGGAGAUCUUUUGUCUGUCAAAAAUGUGGGAAGGCAUUCCUCCAGAAGUCCGUGUUGAAAUGCCAUCAGCGGACUCACACUUGCAAGAAGCCAUAGGAAUGCCAUGGGAAGUCAUUCCAUAACACAUUCCACUGAAGGCCAUCAUCGUAUACACAGAAAUUGCAGAGAGGGGCCGGGCAGCAGUGGCACACGCCUUUAAUCCCAGCACUCAGGAGGCAGAGCCAGGCAGAUCUCUGUGAGUU